AUGAGAAUCCGGCUGCAGGUCCUCAGGCAUCAACUGCCGCCGACCAAGGUCUUGUGGAAGGUCGACGCUACUACUACCACAGCCGAACUGCUCACACAAAUCAGCGACUUCUUCCCGCUAGAAGCUGAAGGAUGGGGUCUGGAGGAUUACGCUGUCCACCUUGGUGGUUAUGAGUUGCUGCACUUUCAGCAGCUGGGUGACAUCUUGAAGGAGGAUGAUGAGGUUGUAAUCCAACCACUGCAGACCAACGACGUUCGCGCCAGGAACCUCUCAGGCAGACACCAAAUCUCAAGAGACGGCAGACAUCUCAUCGACGGUAUCGCUUUCGGACGACCUCUUUUACGAGCCCCACAACACGCUCCCAUUCACAUCCCUCCUCGCAAACGCGCCAGGCUCGAGCCAUCCCUACAAGACUCCGACCUAUCCUUCGAAGAAUCGAAUGAGGAUCUACAACUCGCCGACUUCGGUCCACCUCUUCCAGUCCCAGAGCCACGCACCCGAAGCAUGGCUCAGAAACAUGUCACAUUCAGCCCAGAAUUUCUACAAGCCGACUACGAGGAUAAUGGCGACGCGAUCUUCGACGAUUAUGAUAUGGAGGACGACGAUGAGGAUGACGACUUUGAGCCUCUCUCUGAUGAAGAACUUGACAUUGGACAAGACAGAAACAUGAAGCUACUUGAAGACGUUGAUCAAGUCUCGGCCUCCACCUCAGAAGAGUCAUCAAGCGAUAGCGACAGCGAUGACGACAGCUCUGACUCUGACGAUGACUCCAGUGAUAGCGAUAGUGACGCUCCUUCAGAAGAGCCUAUCAACAAGAACAGCAGCUCGAUCGAAGCACUCGUCAACCCUAAAUUUACCACAGCUCCGCCAACUAAACAGGCUCCUCCUACGAAACAAGCUCCUCCUGGUGAUGGCAAGCAGCGAACUCGCGCUAGGAACCGACGCCGCCGUGAUGCAAAGAAACUUGCCUGGCUGAAGUCUAAGGGUCAUCUGCCUGUAAACGCCACUCGUCAGGAUCUAAAGAAGUGGAGAGAGGAGAAUGAAGAGAGUCGUGUUUCUGCUUCGGUAUCUGAUUCAGACGACGAAUCUUCCAGUUCAGAUUCGAGCUCAAGCUCAAGCUCGGACUCAGACUCUGAUUCUGAAUCUGAGACUGAACAAACAGAGACGAUUGCUCCACCUGUAGUCAAGAAGCCAGUACCCAUGGUUCCUAGGCAACUAAAGGUCAAACCCAAGGCCAAGAAGCCUCUUACGGAACCCACGUCCGACGAGUUCAACCAAAAGAGAGAGGCACUCCUAGCUGCUUUACAAUCUGGUGGCGUUGAUGUCAGCAACGAUCUGUCGACUCCUUCAGAAGACGCUGUCAUGAGCAAUGCCGAUCCCAGCACAAUGUCCGCGAACGAGAACAACACCACUCCACAGCCAGAAGCCCGUAGAGCAAGACUUGACCUGGCAAGCUCCAACCGUCUCCUGUUCAACUCUCUUGGUGUCCGUGCUCCUAAGAACGACGCCGACAGACAACGCCUACAAGCUAAACUCGCUGCUCAAACCACACGCAAGCCAGUCAUCAAGCCUGCUGUUGUUGUUGCUGCUCCCGAAGAACAGUCCAAACCCGUAGAAGAGGAAGAAGGUUCGACCGACAUUGAUGCCUGGAAGUCAAAGAUCUCCCUUUCAGCCGUGGAAUGUGCACCCGGAUCAGAAGAGUAUUACUAUUCUACUCCGCCUUUCCCAUUCUACCAGCGCUGGGAUCCAAGUCAGCGUAUCAAGAAGCGCAAACGCGGCUCUCAAGCUUUUGAUUCUUCCAAGCUACAGCGCACUGAAGAAGAGCUCAACAACAGCUACAGUGAAUACUAUAACGAAGGUGCUGAUGGCGACGCUCUCAACUAUGGCGAUGACGAAGAUGAGACUGCUGGUGCAGCGCAAGAAGCGGAUCAGGAAGCCGCUACUGCACAACUCCUCGCUGAGUCCUCAGAUGCCGCCGACUUACCACCUUUGCCGUCCGACCUUUCCACUCUGCCUCUAUUGACGGAAGAGACCACACUCCCGGGUGCUAUCAUCACAUUCACACAGUUUGAAGUUUCGGCUGCUACUAACUGGGCACCCGCCAUGUCUCCUGUGCGCACUGCCUCCAUCCAACAUGUUUCAGACAACAAGACUCUGGGAUUGCAGUUGGCCAAACGCGACAUUCCUGGUCGGAAGUACGACAGUCAAGGUCGUAGACUCUUCGACAAGUUCGAAAUGAUUACUGGUGAUGAAGAGGAUGACGAUGCUGACGAUGGCUUCUUGGAGGUUGAGCUGUCUGCGUUGAUAGAGCCCAGACUACUUCAAGCUGCAGGUGUCAGUGAGAAGAGUGCUGACGAGAAGGAAAUCCAAGAGGAGGAAAAGCACACGAUUGCGAAUGGAGACCAGAGCAAUGAGAUGAUUGGUGUUGCUUUGUAA